CCACCCGCUUCCGGCGAGCGUUCGUACGCGCCGUUCUGAGGCGGGAGGCCGCCGCGAUGCCGCGGAGACCCAGCCGCCGGCGGUGUGAAACAGAUGUGAGCGAUUUCAGUGAAGAGCUGAGAAAGCCAGUGACAGAGGAUGAGCAGAUGGAAACCUCUAUGCUCUCUGCUAAAGGAAUGCAUUUCCCUUGGCUUCAGAAGCAACUAGAAACUGUAGUGACUGGAGGGAAAAAGAAGAAGGAUUUUGCUCAGACAACAAGGACAUGUUUAAGUUUCAUCCAGGAUGCUCUGCUGAAGCACCAGUGGCAGCAAGCUGCAGAGUACAUGCACAGUUACUUGCAGACCUUGGAAGAUUGGGACAGCUACAAAAAGCAAGCUGCCCCCGAGAUUAUUUGGAAGCUUGGAAGUGAAAUUUUAUUUUAUCACCCCAAAAGCAACAUGGAGACAUUCAAUACAUUUGCUGACCGGAUGAAAAAUAUUGGUGUCUUGAAUUAUUUGAAGAUCUCCUUACAACAUGCAUUGUACCUUUUGCAUCAUGGAAUGCUCGAGGAAGCAAACAGAACUCUAAGUCAGGCUGAGACAUGGAGAUAUGGUGAGAAGUCAUCAUCCCAGGAAAUCCUAAUCAACCUUGUUCAGGCCUACAAAGGGCUUUUGGAAUACUAUGCUUGGUCCAAAAAGAAAAUGGAAUUGUCAAAGAUUGAUGAGGAUGAUUAUGCUUUUACCACAAAAUCCCGAAACAUGCUCAGCCAGAGUUGGAAGACAUCUGUAAAUUUUUGUGCAUUGAUUAAAACUCCUGGGGUUUGGGAUCUUUUUGUGAAGAGUUAUGUAGAGAUGCUAGAGUUUUAUGGUGAUCAAGAUGGAGCCCGAGAGGUACUCACCAACUAUGCAUAUGAUGAAAAGUUCCCAUCAAACCCCAAUGCUCAUAUCUACUUAUACAACUUUCUGAAAAGAGAGAAGGCACCAAGAGCAAAGCUGAUAAGUGUCCUGAAGAUUUUAUAUGAUAUUGUGCCAUCCCAUACACUGAUGUUGGAAUUCCAUAUGUUACUCAGAAAAUCAGAGAAAGAAGAACACCGCAAACUGGGCUUGGCAGUGUUAUUUGGAGUCUUGGAUUUUGCUGGAUGCACUAAGAACAUAACUGCUUGGACAUACUUGGCAAAAUACCUGAAACAGAUACUAAUGGUAAAUCAUCUUUCGUGGGUUCAAGAAGAGUGGAAGUCCAGGAAAAACUGGUGGCCAACCUUUCAUUUCAGCCACUUUUGGGCAAAGAGUGACUGGAAGGAAGACUCAGAUCUGGCUUGUGAGAAAGCCUUGGUAGCUGGACUGCUGUUAGGGAAAGGUUAUAGAUAUUUUCGGUAUAUUUCAAAACAAGAUCAUGAAAUCUUAAGGAAGAAAAUUAAGCGGAUGAAGAAAUCAGUGAAAAAAUACAGUAUUACAAAUCCAGUAGUCUGACAGAUUUCAGUUAUUUUAUAGUUGUAACUACUGUUUAGUGACUCAGAAUAUUUUAUUGAAUAUAUUUAUUUGAUGUUUUAAGAAGAUUGUUUAUAAAACUACUCUUUUAAAAGUAUUUUUAUUUAUUUGAAAGAGAAAUGGUCAGAGAGAGAAAAUGGGCACUCCAGGGCAUCCAGCCACUGCAAACAAACUCCAGAUGCAUGUGGCACCUUGCAUAUCCAGUUUACAUCGGUCCUUUGGCUUUGCAGGCCCACGCCUUAACCCCUAAGCUAUCACUCCAGCUCCUACAAUUGUUUUUGUAUUUUUAUAUUUCUUUUUGCUGAUAGUUAUAUCUGGAAAAAUAAUUUCACUGCCUUUUCUCUAUGUAUACUAGUAUUUUCUUUUUUUGUGAUGUUACAUAUAGCAAUUUUUUAUGAUUCUUUAAACAGAAAAGAAAAACUAGAGAAUACAACUCCUUAACAAUUGUUUACAGAUAACUUACCUUUGGUUAUUCUCUAAUAAAAUAGGACUCAUGGCACUGGAAAAA